AUGAGUAGUAGGCCCUAUUUACACACAGCAUCCUCCUCGGAAUCGAUUCCUAGCAUUCCUGGGAUCCCGGGGCUCACCAACAUUCCCUUUCAACAAACCCACCAGCAAUCGGAGAGCGUGGUGAACUUGGACACCGUCUACAGGAACAAUACCAAAUUCGCCACACAGUCGGUCUUAUCUCCUGAUGAUUACCAUUCUCCAUACUACUUGCCGUUCAAGAACAUCGACGACCCUAGACCGGUGGAUCAAUUGAUCUAUAGGUUCAGUAUUUGGAAAAUGAUAAUCAAACAAAUCAUCUUCUACUUCAAGGAGAUGUGUGUCUUUAAAAGUCAAACAUACCAGGGUAACAAGGCCAUGUUGGAAAACUUGGAAAUUCUUAGACGCCAAAACUCAGGUAAAUUGAAAGUCAAGGCAAACAAUAGCAAAGGUUUGAAGAAAUCAAUGAGCACCUCAAAUGUAAAGGAAGAUACAAGUUCCGGUUUUGAAGACGAUCAAAUGCUCAAACUGAAUAUGGAUCAGCAGAAUAUCGUCAAUAAGCUGUUGCAGACUACGUUCUUGCCACCCGGUGAUUCUUCUAUUCUUUCCAUCUCGUCAACCUUUUUUAACAACCAUAACUACUUGAAGGAAAAGGAACUGUCAACUUAUCAACAUCUCUCGAAUCGUCUCAUUCCAAGAUUGGAGAAUUUGAAGGACCAGUUGAACGAAACCAUCAGGCAGAUGAACUCCAUCAAACAUUCCUCUGAUUAUAAAACUAAAAACUUGAAAAUGGAAAUUGCUAAAACUGGUGGUAUCUUAUCGGAUUACAUAACGUCCAUCGAAUUGUUGAAAACGGGACAUUCGAAGUCAAGUUUGGGUACGACUUUAAAUUUGACUUCUUCCUUUAGCCCCAAAUCGGAUCCCUACAUUCUAAAGCUGAAACUGGAUUUACAAUUGAAGGAUCAACUUUAUAUUGAAGCCCAUUUGAAGGAAAUGUACUAUGAUUUACAAUAUAAAGCAGUCCAAUUGGAGAAGAUUUUAUAUUCUGAAAUCCAGUCAUGUAUUGGAACAUACACCGAUUUAAUAGAUACCGAACUGAACACUGUUAAAGAUUAUCUGAUAGCACCCUUCAAGAAUGGUUUCCUGAAAAACGAACCAACAAUAGAUUGGGAUUUCUUCAUCAGAAAUGAUAACAAGAAGAACUUUUUGCCAAUCAAUGCCAAAACUACUUUGGCUAAAAAGAAACAAGUGAGAAAAAAUUCUGACAUUGUCUAUCCUUAUCGGAACAAUGUUAUUAGUUCAUGCAUCUAUUCUGGUUAUCUCGAACGUAAGUCCAAAUACUUGAAAAAUUACUCUAAAUUCUAUUAUGUUCUAACAAUCAAUUACCUACACGAAUAUAAAACAAGUGAUAGGAUAAAAGAACUAACACCACUACAAUCUUUUUCAUUGAAUGAUAUUUCGUUAACCGAAGUUGAUAGCGAUCCAAGAAAAUUUCAGCUGCGUGUCUACAAAGAUAAAAGUGAACAUUCCAAACAAAAGUUUACGUUCAAAUGCCCAGAUAUAGAUUCUGCAUCUAAAUGGAUCGAAUACUUGACUGAUUUGAGUGAGUUUGAUAACACAAUAGAAAGAAACGUCAGUUAUGAUGAUGAUAACGAGAGCGAUGAAGAGAAUCCUAGUGAUUCUGUUCCUACUUCAACCGAACAGAAUGACUUUGUUAAUUCCCGUAAUAAGGUACCAGCAGCUUCGGCUAUGUCCCCAUUGUCGGCCACAUUCUCUAUUUCCACACCACCUGACAUACAAUCAAUGAAUAGCUCGUCGACUGAGGAGUACAAGUCCCAGUUCCACCAAAUCCAAGCAAUGCAUGAUGAAAAUGGAGAUAGUAAUUAUAGUAGUAGUAACAAUAACAAUAAGACACCUUCGAUAUCUUUCAAAUCCAUCAGAUCCCAACCUAAUAUGAGAAUUUCGUCUUCCUCAUCGUUUGACUCACAUUCAUCGUCCAGGGGAUCUUCAAGGUCUUCGUCCCGUGCCAAUUCUCCAGCAAGAAAUAGAAGGCCAAUCUUAUCACCAACUUUGAGUGCAAACAAUACCCCUCCUGGAGGCUCUUCGGGAGAUUAUUUUUCCUAUGCCCCACGUAAAGUUCAAGCAUCCAUUAUUAGGAACGGUAAUCGUUUGGCAGCUACUAAUUCCAGUACUGGAAGAUUAACCCCUAGUGGUUCAAAUAAUAGUUCGGCUAUGACGUUGAAUAUUAACACAUCUACUGCAAAUUCAAAUGCAAAUGCAACGAAUAGCUCAAGCCUGACCAAUACAAACUCAAAUAGCGUCCCAAAGAUAAAUAUUCUACAGAGCCCUAUCAAUCCACCAACUAAGUUGGGACUACCUUCAGUGGAUGAUGAAUCAGGUCUGGCCCGUCGUAGAAAAACAUUAUCUGAGAAACUUGACAUGAAAGGACUAAUUAGUAACCAAAGCGACGGUAUCUUGAAAUUGCCUGAACGGAGUAAUAUAGCAAACACAGGUUUACCUGAAACUCCUGGAAUCAUCCCUGGUGGUAAAAUGAAGAUGGUUUUCGAUCCAUCUGUCAUCAAUGAGGAAAGCCAGGAAAGCUGA